CUGAAGUGCUAAAACAUGUUAGCGACAUGCUAGCAUCAUGUUAACUAAUGUUAACAAGACCUAGCAAAGUGUUAAAACAUGCUAUUAACAUGCUAGCAUCAUGCUAUCACAUGCUAGCAAUGUCUAGCAAAGUGCUAAAAACAUGCUAGCAUCAUGCGAACACAUGCUAGCAACAUCUAGUGAAGUGUUAAAAUAUGAUAGCAAUGCCUAGCAACAUGUUAGUAGCUCAUUUGUCUCAUGCUGGCAAGGAGCCUAUGAGUAUCACCCUGGUAACUUCCUAGCAACCAGAUGGAACACCCUAGCAACCAUGCAACAACACCAAUAUCUCUGCACCAGAACAUCUUACUGUCAUUGGUGUAGCCCCUUUCAACUUGGGGCAGUUGGUGAGACAUCGUGUGAGAACAGAACGAGUCAUCAUGAACAGCGUGAAGAGUUUGAUUCGGGGUGUCAGCAGAGUGACGCCCGCCCUGAGCCGUACAGUGCAUUCUGGGACACGUACAUCCUCUUCGGUGGCAUCCAGAGCGAAACACGAGGAGCGUUUACUGACAUCAGAGGAGGUGUACGCCCGUGAGGAUCGAUACGGCGCUCAUAACUAUCACCCGCUUCCUGUGGCGCUGGAGAGAGGAGAGGGGGUUCACGUGUGGGAUGUGGAGGGUCGCAGGUAUUUUGAUUUUCUCAGUGCAUACAGCGCUGUCAAUCAGGGUCACUGUCACCCGAAAAUCAUCGCCGCCCUGACGGCUCAAGCGUCCAGACUCACGCUCACCUCCAGAGCGUUUUAUAACGACAUCCUGGGCGCUUACGAACAGUUCAUCAGCACUCUGUUCGGAUAUGAUAAAGUCCUGCCCAUGAACACAGGUGUGGAGGGCGGAGAAACGGCCUGUAAACUGGCCCGUAAGUGGGCGUACACUGUAAAGGGCGUUCCCAAAUAUGAAGCCAAAAUCAUUUUUGCAACUGGGAACUUCUGGGGUCGUACGAUGGCAGCGAUCUCCAGCUCGACGGACCCCAGCAGUUACGACGGGUUCGGCCCGUUCAUGCCCGGAUUUGAGCUCAUCCCGUAUAACAACAUACCUGCACUGGAGAAAGCGUUGCAGGAUCCGAAUGUGGCAGCGUUCAUGGUGGAGCCCAUUCAGGGUGAGGCGGGUGUCAUGGUUCCUGAUGCGGGUUACCUCACCAAAGUCAGAGAACUCUGUACUAAACACAAUGUUCUGUUCAUUGCUGACGAGGUUCAGACGGGUUUGGCUCGUACAGGUCGUCGUCUGGCUGUCGAUCAUGAAGCUGUGAGACCAGAUAUAGUGGUGCUGGGAAAAGCUCUAUCAGGAGGAGUGUAUCCUGUAUCUGCUGUGUUGUGUGAUGAUGAAGUGAUGUUGACCAUUAAACCAGGAGAACACGGAUCAACAUAUGGAGGAAACCCUCUUGCCUGCAGAGUCUCUAUCGCCGCCCUGGAGGUUCUGGAGGAAGAGAAUCUGGCGGAGAACGCAGAGCGGAUGGGUCAGAUCCUCCGAGCAGAACUCAACAAACUGCCACGAGAGAUCGUGAGCGUGGUGAGAGGGAAAGGACUCCUGAACGCCAUCGUCAUCAAGGAGAAUAAAGAUUAUGACGCCUGGCAGGUGUGUCUCCGUCUCCGUGACAACGGACUGCUGGCCAAGCCUACUCAUGGUGACAUCAUCAGAUUUGCUCCGCCCCUCGUUAUAAAAGAAGACGAGGUCAGAGAGUGUGUGGACAUCAUCAGCAGAACCAUCAUGUCGUUCUGAAGUAGAACGUGACGAGUUUAACCGCUGCAAUCAUUAAAUUAAAGUUUUAGUUCAUAAAACCGUGAAUAUAACAGGUCAACACGCUCACACUUGUGAAACUGAUUUUCAUUAUUUCACUACACGCUUUUUUGCUGUUCUGAAAACUCUGGAAUGAAAAUGUAUCUGCUAAAAUACAGUCUAAUAUAAUUUUCUCUCUGAUAAAUGCUUACAUGUGUGUGUGUGAAGGGAAAUUCUGUGACAUUUACAGUUUAUUUUCUUGAAGACAAAAAUAAUGAAGUUAUUGUUACAGUAUUAAUUAAACAGCAUGUGUGCAGCUGGACAAAAGAAAAUAGCACAGCUGUUUAUAGACUCAUUUAUAAUGAUAUCUUAAAUUCCAUGGAAGAAUCCAAUAUUAUUUGGGCACUUGAAUAGAAAUGACUUUUUCUCCCUGUAAUGAGAGAAUUGUGCACUUUAACAGCAUGUCAUGUGUGUUUUACAACCAAAACAUGAUCACAAUUGAAUUAUGCAAAAUACUUUUAUUUUUACUUUUCAAACAAAUCCUGCUGCAUAUUUUUACUCUAAUUUUAAUGAUUUUUUAAAGAGAAAUUCGCCCAUUUUGAAGCAAGAGUUCAACAUCAUUGAAGAGACUAAAUGCAUUUGUGUCAUGUUGAGGAUUGUGUGUUUCUCAUCUGACAAACGUCCUGUACAAUGACUCAUGAAUGUUAAACGAUGAUGUUUUACGUUUGUUAUCAAAUAAAUCUUCAGUCGACUGAAA